AGACAGUCUUCGGCCGAUAACUAAGUCAGUAAAACACGCAUUGCAUUCUGCUUUUGCGGGGCUAUUUAUCUAUCCCUCUGAGGCUGAGACUUCAGUGCCUUUGAUUGGUCAAGUAGCAAAUUGCCCUAAGACAGGACACCAGGGUUUGCUAUACUACACGAUCAUUGUCCAACCAUGCAUACACUCAAAGCCACAGCGUCUUCAUCGCUCUCACUCGCUCAGGACAAUUACAUCUACUCCAUUGCUUCAUCAAGCCCAGGCUCAUUCGCAGCCAUUGCUUCGGACGACUCACUGCGUGUAUUUGACGCCGCUAGCCUUGGCCAUGUCUCUGUGGUGGCUGCCGACGCCCACAAGGGAGUUACGUCGUUGAAAUCGUACGAUGCGGGUCAUCAACUGCUUGCCACUGGAGGGAGAGACGGGAAGGUGAAGCUCUGGGAUCUGCGGAAUGGCAAGAGGUCGGCAGUUGUAGAGGUGGAGACAUCGAGAGAUGCACCAGUUCUAUCUAUAGCCUGUUGUCCUGCAACAAACAGCCUCGUAGGCGGCACUGAGCUUGUUUCGUCUCAGGCUGUUGUUGCUUUUUGGGAUGUCAGAUCCCCGGGUCAAUCUCGACUUCAGUAUAUUGAAAGCCACAAUGACGAUGUCACUGAGCUCCAAUAUCACCCAACGAGGAACAAUAUCGUGCUUUCCGGAAGCACGGAUGGCCUAGUCAACAUCUAUAACACCGAUAUUACAGACGAAGAUGAGGCUCUUGUACAAGUUAUCAACCAUGGCUCAGUACAUCACGCCGGUUUCUUAAGCGAGAGGACCAUUUAUGCUCUCAGCCACGAUGAAGUCUUCUCGAUUUAUCCGGCUACUGAUCCAGAAGAGGAAGCACAGGAGCCUAAUCCUGUGCAGUUCGGAGACUUGAGACAGCCUCUAGGCUGUGAAUACAUUGCUCAGCUAUGCAUUGGCAGCCAGGGCCCCUAUAUCGCCGCUGGCCAUAAAAUUGAGAAACGACUGGACUUGGUCCCUCUUACCUCAAACCCAUCUUGGCAAUUUGACCGGGAGAACCUGUGGCGGCUUCCUGGCGCUCACGGCGAGGAGGUUGUACGUUCCAUCUAUCUGGACGAACAGUCCCAAUCGGUAUUUACCUGCGGCGAAGACGGAUUCGUCCGCGCAUGGAAACCGGAGUCCGGAGAGGUGCAGGGCGAUGAUUCCUCAAACAAGACUGCGCGGCCGAAAAAGAAUAAGGAUAAGGGACGGUUCAAACCCUAUUAAAUUAGGCCUUGUCUGUUUCGUUACCACGCCCAGAGCAUUGACCGCCAUGAUAUAAUGUAAAAUACGUGACCUCGGAAAUACGUAUGCUGUCAUACUGUCCUGGCCUUCCCGUAUGUUUCAAACC